AUGUUGAAGAGGGAUCGCCGUGUUCUCCUCCUUCUGACCAUUGCCUGGAGCAGCGGGGGAGCGGUGAAGGACCUGCGGCCAGACGUGUCAGAUCAGGAGCUCUUCUGGGGAGCAGACCAAUAUGACUUCGCCAUUGUCCUGCCUGCAACAGGGCUUGACUGCUUCUGGCAUUUUGCUCACCAGGGCGAGCGCUUCUACCUCAACUUUAUGGUUCAGUGGGUCACUGGAUUGGCCAAUGACAAGCACCUGUCAGUCAUUGUCAAUGCUCCAAGUGGUCUUAUCAUGAGCUCAGUGGAUGAUGCCAAAGGCGAGAUUGCCUUCAUUGCUGGAGAGACUGGGUUUUAUCAGAUGUGCUUUAGCAAUUUCCACAAUCACUUUGGCAGUAUGCAGAUCUUCCUCAACUUUGGUGUGUACUAUGAGGGUUUGAAAGAUUUCAAGAAGGAAGAGGAAAUCAAGAAAGAAGAGGAAAGGGAACACUUAAAUAAAACAAUCUCCACCAUGGAGGAAAGCUCCAACCGGUUGCAGACCUUCAUGUUCCAUAUGUGGCGUUAUUAUAACAUUGAGCGAAUGAGGAGAGGGACUGAUUACUUCCUGCUGCAGUCCAACUCCAGCUAUGUCAGCACAUGGUCAGCCGUCCAGGGCUUUGUCAUUAUCAUGGCUGGAUACCUGCAGCUCUUCUUCCUCAAGAGGCUUUUCGACAUCAAGCCCACCACCGAGACAGAGAAACCCCGCUGCUGAUCUGCCCCUUUACCUCUGAAGGGGAUCUACUUUUUCUCAGGACAUGAAGGACCAGCUUUGUGUGAUGGACUUUAAAUUACCUUCUGAUUGU